AUGAAGACAAGGUCGGCGUUUGAUAAAAAGAACGUUAGUCCCCCGAAACAAGGGUCGCUCAAACUGAGUCCGCGAAGUCACCUAGCUGCUCGAGUAUGGACCUUAUUGGGACCACCAGCGAAGUGCCAGGACAACACGACAAAUUUAUUGACACUCUUUCAAUUAAAUCUAUUGUUGCUGAACAGACACAGCCGCACCGACAACAGCAGAAUAAAACACGAUAACUCGCAGCAUGAAUCUGUAAUGCGUAGAGAUAUGCUCGCACCGCACCAUACACCGUAA